AUGUGGCCUCCAGAGUUCCGUGAACAUCAGCCAGAUGAUCACGACGUUGAACAGAACGAAACAACUCCAUGGUUACAGCAUACCGGUUGGCCUCGUUUAUUUCACGACCGACCGCUUGGCAUCAUCGCGGCCACGGCAAGAAAGCCCAAAUUAGCAUGGAACGAAGACUAUCUAUUGGGCCAAUGGAACGAUACAGCACUCCGGAGUCCAGCUGCCGUGGAAGCCCAGCUACGAAUCAUACUCCGUGGUGUCGACCUCAUGAUUGAUCGAGCCGUGUUCACGUUGGCCAAGACUUCAUACAGAUCUCGAUGCUGUUCAAUACCUACUGGAAAGAUAACUUUUGGCCCCACAAAUUCAAAGUUGUGAACUGCCUGAAAAGAUAUGUGGAUGUAUAGAAGAGGUUCAUUUGUUAUGUGUCCAGAGUUCAACAUGUUGAAACACAUCAGCAGCAAGAUAUAUACAGCUUACGGCUCGGACGCGAUGAAACCAUCAUG